AAGCGCGUCUGGUGCGUAAAACAUGGCCGGACGCAUGAUGGCUCUCCUUCCGCGGUGGUCCUCGCGUGUUUUCGCCGUGGAGCUGGACGGAGCGCCUUUCUACUUUGCAGUUCAGGAGAGCCACCUGGGAGAAGAGGCGCCACGGGUGUUCAGAAAGACACAACCACGCGACAGGUGUUACUCUCUGCUCGUGUGCAGCAAGGACAGAAUCAAAACAGCCCGGUUCUACGGGGAGCUGGAACACAAACUGUUGAGAGAGUUGCCUCCAGAGUGCGAUUUGUCUCCCAUGUCCUCAUUCCUGCCAAACGUCAGGGACUCUCUCAUCAAGGGCUAUUUUUUAAAAGACUCUUCUGAGGGUUCCUCUCCCGUUGAGCGACUUUUGGGCGAUUUAACGCAGCGUGAGCCGGUGAUGGUGUGCUCAUACUGCAAAGGUGAAGAUGGUCAGCAGUGGACUCAGCAUGUGUGGUCACAUGGAGGGAGCAAAGUGAUGGAAGUGGCAAAGAAAUACUACGUGGUACCUUCAGAAGCACCUGAAUAUCAUCCAUCAGCUCUCAACAUGAUCAACUCUGAUGUGUUCUACAGCCUGGAAGAGGCUCGUGAUGUUUUACAAAAGUGCGGUGACAUCAUCCCAGAGGCGAUGUCUGUGCUGGAGCUGCUGCCCAGCAGAGCGGAGGCCAGAAAUAAACCAGACUUCCCUGUUAUUGUCAUCGAGGGCCUGGAUGCCACAGGUAAGACCACUCUGACGGAGUCUCUGAGGGAAACUUUGGGGGCCACUCUUCUGCGGUCCCCUCCCCAGUGCCUGUCCCCCUGGAGAGACCGCUUUGAUCAGGAGCCACCCCUCAUCCGCAGGGCCUUCUACGCUCUGGGGAACUACAUCACAGCAGAACAAAUGGGCCAAGAGGGCAAGAAGACACCUGUCAUUGUUGACAGAUUCUGGCACAGCACAGCAGCUUAUGCCAUUGCCACAGCAGCGAGCGGACCGGUGUGUAACCUUCCAGAAGAGGGUUCAGAGGUGUACUGUUGGCCCAGUGACCUGCUCCAGCCCAGCCUGGUGGUCCUACUCACCCUGGACCCUGAGGAGAGGAAGAGGAGACUGAGGAACAGAGGUCAAGGAAAGACUAACGAGGAGCAGGAGCUGGAUCACAACCAGCUUUUCCGACUCAGAGUGGAGGAGGCUUAUCGGAGGAUCAGCGGCCCAGCUUGCGUCAGUGUGGAUGCUAGUCCUUCUGCAGACCAAGUGCUCCAGCAAGUGCUGCUUUUAAUUAGGGGCAAAUGCCACUUGUAAACAGUUCUCCAUCUCCCCUGCUGGCAGCACCAGCAUCAAGUGGAUGCAGUAUGUCCUUUGGCCACUGGGUGCCAGUAAGGUGUUGUGAAUGUGAUAGUAGGAGGGACGGAGGCUGGAUUAGAGUGUGGAGAAGAGAUUCUGUUCACAAUGAGUAAAGGUUGAAUGGCCAGGGGCCAGAACCGCAUGCUACAAUCAGAAAUACAUAUUCAUGUAGACACACACACACACACACACACACACACACACACACACACUGAAGUAUUGUGAAGAAGAAGAAGAAGUGUGCAUUUAACUGCUGUUGUGACCUCUCAGAAAUCAGACACUGUUCAGCCUUCAGACGCAACGUAGCUGCACUUUUAUUUGGUCUGACACUGAACAAGUGGAUGGAGCAUUUAUGUAACCACCAGAGCAUUAGAUUUCAUUUAAGUGCACAAACAAGAACAUUCAAAUUAGGAAAAAAAAUGUAAACAUAAAGCAACUACCCAACCCAAUCUGUCUUCUGUCAAGGUACUUUUAUUUUGUUGAAAAAAAUGCUUCUAAUUAAAAGAAAAUGACUCUAAACAUC